AUGUUUGUGUUUAAAUUAGUUUUUCUCAAUUUUUGUAAAUAUUAGCGUAUUUUUUUGCUUUUUGUUAUAUUUUCUUAUGAUUGAACCACCAUUAUGUCUAUUAUCUGUGGUAAUUUGUUGCGUUUGACCAGAUUCCAAAGAGAGGUUUCAAGAUAUUGUGUUGGCAAAAGGCUUACAUCAAAUGAAUUAAUUGUUCCUAGAUAUUUAUCAACUGGUUCAAGUCAAGAUGAUGAUGACAAGAAUCCAAAGGUUAUUAAAGCAAAACUUGAGAAGGUAGCUAAAAAAAUUGGUAAUAAAAUUGAUGGUGAAGAAGGUAAAAAAACUAAAGAAGGAUUAAUGAAAAUGGUCAGUUUACAAUUUGAAGAAAGUAAAGCUCCUGAUUCAAAUGCAAUGGCUAAUAUUGCAAACAUUUUAAAGGAUUUACCGGUUGAAGUAUCUAAAAAGAUGUCAAAGGGAAUGACAACAAAUAAAGAACAACCAAGAUUUGCUGAUAAACAAGAGAAUAGAUUUGCUGACCGACAAGAAAAUAGAUUUGUUGAUAAAGAAGGAAACAGAUCGCGUAGUUGGAGAGAUAGGCCACCACAAUUAGAUUUUAGGAAUAGAACUACAAAUUUUGAUAGAAAAGAUGGACGGAAUUAUCAAGAAAGACCUCAUCGACAACAUGAUUAUGUGAAUUAUAAUGCUGCAAAGCCUUUAAAUCUUUUUGAUAAUAAAUCACCAAAUGGAGAUUACUUUACAUUAGAAACAUGGAAAAGAUUACGUGAUGAAGAAAUGGACUUGGAAUUUCGAAAACCACCAAAGAAUGCUUUUGAUGAAUUGAUUCAAAUGACCAAAGAAGGUAAAUUAUGGAGUUAUCCGAUUGAUAAUGAAGCUGGAUUGGAGGAAGAAGCAAAAGUUCCCUUUUAUGAUCAUAUAUUUCUUGAUCAUCUUCUUGAAGGAAUACCAGAAUCUGGUCCAGUUCGAGAGUUUAUUGAUAUAAUGAUGAUUGGUGUGACUAAUAAUGCAUUUAUAACUGUAGAAAGAAAACAUGCAAUUGUUAAAUGGUAUGUUGAUUUUUUCAAAGAGAAAGAGCAAAUCUUAAGGGAAUGUGGUGCUCUUUAAAAUAUCAAUAUGUCUUUGUAUAAUUUAAAACCUGUUGUAUAGUCAUAGAGCUCGUAAUUUAAUUAAUUAUGAUUUUUAUUAAAGUUGUCAGUUUACCUUAA